AUGAAUGCUAGUGCCACAGAUGUGUCACAUGGAUCAAAUGUGACUCUCUCCUGCUUGAAAAACAGAAGCAUAUUGGACCCUGCAUUGGAUGCGCACAAUAUAGCAAUUUUACAAAAUGGAUCAGAAGUAAACAGUCGUUAUGGGCACUCAGUCAGUGCUCACGUUUUAAUGGACACUUUUGGGAAGCAGAAUUUUCAAUGUUUUUCUACAGGGCAUGUGUCAAGACAGCUCAUAUGUGGAAUUUACAUCAAUGUUGGAAUUCCUCCAGACCAGCCAAAAAAUUUAUCUUGCAAUCCAUGCGAAAGAAAUGGGACCAUUAAUUGCACUUGGACGAAUGGAAACUAUACAUAUCUUAAUACAGUCUAUGAGUUACAGAUAACAAAAGGAACCACUAAUGAAACACAGAUUUUGAAAAUGCAUUCUACAUGUGUCUCAGUGGAUUUUGGAGCAAAGCCGGAUUUUGAAUCUACUUACACAGUUGUAGUUAUGGCCUCAAACAAGCUAGGGAAUGCUUUCUCCCUACCAUUUCGAUUCAAAUUAUUAGACAUAGUGAAACCUCAUCCCCCAAUGGAUAUCUCUGUGAAGUUUGAUGGCUCUGAUGCAACGAAUUGCACUAUUUUCUGGCAAGAUCAACAAGACAUGCAACUCUUCCGAAUCCAACAAGACACACAACUCUUCAGAAUAAGAUUCAAACCAAUUAACAGUAAUUCCUGGAUAAUGCUUGAAAAUGUAACUGCUAGAAGAUACAAGCUAUAUGGCCUGAAGCCAGACACAGAGUAUGAGUUCCAGGUGUCCUGCAGGUUCUUUCCAAACAAAGGUUUAUGGAGCGACUGGAGCAAGUCAGUUCAAACAGAAGCAGCUGGAUGGAGCACUGGUCUGGCAUCUGGGCACGGAUCCCCGUUGGCAUCGGGGGCUUGGCUGCUGACCGAUGCAUCUCCCGCAGCACAUGUUGUUCCAUCGCCAGCCCUGCCUGGUGACCCUUGCUUCCAGAUCCGUCGGGAGCACCUAAAGCCUAAUGUGUGUUAUCACAUUCAUGUGUUUGCACUUUAUUGGAACAGAGAAGGAAAAGCAGUUCCCACUACAGGAGAUGUAUCAGCAAAAGCUCCACUAACUGGACCUCAUAUUAAUACAACAGUAAGAGAUGGGAGCAUAUUGGUCUUCUGGACAGAAAUUCCAGAAGAUCAGCAACCAGGCUGUAUUGUUAGCUACAAGAUAUAUGUGCAGCAAAAAUCCACCAGUGUGGACUCUGAAGUUUAUGAUAUCCCUAAAGCAGCCCCACAGCCAUUUUCAGUAAAAAAUGUACGGGCUGAUGCUGCAUAUACUUUAUGGAUGACAACUUCCCCCAAGGCCAGAGAGAGUCCUAAAGGGAAUGAAAGACUUGGAUUUACUGAUGAACCUGGCUGGGCUCCUAUUUUAGUCCUUUGCAUUAUAGGUCUUGCCGUCUCUGCCUGCUGCGUUGUGUGCGCUAGGCCACAGUGGUACAAUAAAGCUGUUCCAGAUCCUGCCAAUUCCUCAUGGGCUAAAAAAUUCACAUCUGUGGAGGAUGAGCCAAGUGUAUAUUCCAGCCAGUUCCUAAAUAAUCUAGGCAACUUGGAAGAGCCUGAAACUCUACAAAUAGAAGAAGUCUGGAUAAAAAGACAGUCUCAUGGUUUUGAGGAUGUGCUAUUAUCAGAAAGAACAGAGAUAAUGGAAAGCCACAAGUGGUCACCUGAUAUUUUCCAAGAAGAAAAUCCCACCAUAGACAAGUUAAACCACCACCCUUUGAUUAAUGACACACUAGACCAGCAUCAGUUACUCUUCUUGUACAAGAAAGUUGCAUCUGAAGAAGGAAAUCAUGGCCAAGUGUUUUCUGACUACCUCGUUAACCCACUUGAAGAUACAACAGUAAACUACUUGCCUUCAACCAUUGUGCCCCCCAUCACAAACAUGGCUGAAGACUGCAGUGAAGGGGAGUUUAAUUUGCUUGCUGCUUUCCCAAGAACUUUUCUACCACAGAUAUUUUCUGUUGGUGGAAAACUUACUCUAGAUGCCAUAAAAAUGGAUUGUACUUCCUUCACAGAUUAAGUUACGAAGUAUCCACAGUACCCUAAUUAAACACACACCACAAGUAUAUGUAACCAUCAUUCAUCAUAUUUCUGGUAAAAAUUUGCACAGCACAGUUGGAUAACUUUGUAGUGGGCUGUUUGUAUGAACUUCAGCUGUGCAUAUUAGCUUUAUCUUGCGCCCUUAUCUCAUGCGAGGCUGACGCAGAAGGCAAAUAGCUUCCCAGCCUCCAGGAUGAAUUGAUUUCCUUGGAACUUAAGGAGGCAUUUAAGGUUACUAUCAUCUCACUUGUUUCCUAUGCAGCACAACAAUAAUGCUUGGGACAAAAAUGUGCUAUUGAAAUUAAACAUGAUGAAUAGAGGUACCGAGA